CUCCGUUUUCAUUUGAGACCUGAAUGGAUUCCUCCCUUCAGUCUCGAAUCUAUCGGGGUUUGCAACUGCUAUGUAUCUCUCAAGUUCCCCAACUGGUUGAGAACUCAAAAGAGACUUGACAAAUUGAUUCUAAUAAAUGUGGGGAUUUCAGAUGCAAUACCCGAAUGGCUUUGGAAACAAGAUUUUUUGCUGUUAGAACUUUCUAGAAACCAAUUGUAUGGAACGCUUCCCAACUCAUUAUCCUUUCGCCAAGGCGCAUUGGUGGAUUUAAGUUUCAACCGCUUGGGGGGCCCACUCCCACUUCGACUUAAUGUGAGCUGGUUGUAUCUGGGAAACAAUUUAUUUUCUGGUCCAAUUCCCUUGAACAUCGGGGAAUCAUCGAGUUUGGAAGCCCUUGAUGUUUCUAGUAACUUGUUAAAUGGCAGCAUUCCUUCAUCAAUUAGUAAACUAAAGGAUUUGGAAGUAAUUGAUCUCUCAAACAAUCAUUUAUCUGGAAAGAUUCCAAAGAAUUGGAAUGAUUUGCACAGGCUUUGGACCAUAGAUCUAUCCAAGAACAAACUGUCUGGUGGGAUUCCGAGUUGGAUAUCUUCAAAAUCUUCACUUACUGACUUGAUAUUGGGUGACAACAAUCUUUCUGGGGAACCCUUUCCAAGCUUACGAAACUGCACAUGGUUGUACGCCCUUGAUCUUGGAAAUAACAGGUUUUCGGGUGAGAUACCCAAAUGGAUUGGAGAAAGAAUGUCAUCACUGAAGCAGCUGCGUCUACGAGGCAACAUGUUCACAGGAGAUAUUCCUGAGCAAUUGUGUUGGCUUUCUCGUCUCCACAUUUUGGAUCUUGCAGUGAACAAUUUAUCAGGAUCCAUCCCACAAUGCUUAGGCAAUUUAACUGCUUUAAGUUUUGUGACCUUAUUAGACAGAAAUUUUGACGACCCCAGUAUUCAUUACUCCUAUUCGGAGCGCAUGGAGCUAGUUGUAAAGGGACAAAGUAUGGAAUUUGAAAGCAUAUUGCCAAUUGUGAAUUUGAUAGAUCUUUCUAGCAAUAACAUUUGGGGAGAGAUCCCAAAAGAGAUCACAACUCUCUCGACCCUGGGUACCUUGAAUUUAUCCCGAAACCAGUUGACUGGAAAGAUACCUGAGAAGAUUGGAGCCAUGCAAGGGCUAGAAACUCUUGACCUCUCAUGCAACUGCCUGUCAGGCCCAAUUCCUCCGAGCAUGUCUUCUAUAACCUCAUUGAACCAUUUGAACCUAUCGCAUAACCGCCUAUCAGGACCAAUUCCAACAACCAACCAGUUCUCGACAUUCAACGAUCCAUCCAUUUAUGAGGCGAACCUGGGACUUUGUGGGCCUCCAUUGUCAACCAAUUGCUCCACUCUAAAUGAUCAAGAUCACAAAGAUGAGGAGGAAGAUGAAGUUGAAUGGGACAUGUCAUGGUUCUUCAUAAGCAUGGGAUUGGGCUUUCCGGUGGGAUUUUGGGCUAUAUGUGGCAGUUUGGUUCUAAAGAAGUCUUGGAGGCAGGCAUAUUUCCGGUUCAUUGAUGAAACCAGAGAUAGGCUAUAUGUCUUCACUGCAGUGAAUGUGGCUCGUCUGAAAAGGAAGAUGGAAGCAAAUGGAGUUCAUGGCUAAAAAGAGGGUGAUAAGGUUUCAAAAUAACAAACAUCAUACAAAAAGAAGAUUGAAUACAAUGAUGAAUUCUUAGUGGUAAUGAAGAUUUAUUUGGUACGAGUGUUUGAGAACUUAUCUUUGAAAUGUUGGCAAGCAAUUAUUUUUCUUUAGGUAGGUUUGUUAUUUGUGAAUUGUCAUUUAAGUAAGAAAAGUUGUAAUAUUAAGUUGGAUACUUAGCCCACUUUUGAUAUUUUAGAGUCAUCUUUGCCUUAAAAUUAUCCUUUCAACUUCUAUGUUUAUGAUAAUUUGGUAGUUGAUUAUCACUAAGUACCAGUCAGAAAUUUUUGUCCAUUAUUGAUUCAAAUAUAUUUUUGGUAUAAGCUUCAAGUGAUUGAGCUAAUUGUACAUUAUUGAAAAAUAUGGC